AUGGAUUUGUAGAAUUCGCUUCUCGUACAUGGGCUACGUCAUGUAACUAAAAAACUGCCGCACGUAUUCUUCUUCUAUCUUUCUCGAGGGAGGCAUAAUCUGAAGAAACAUUAUACAGCCGCAGGUCAGGUGAUAUAAUAUAAUAAUGUCUUCUUCAGAGUCGGAAGUUGAUAGUGAUAACUCAUCAUCUGACGGUGAUGCGUUCUCGUUGACGAAAAAACUAUUAGAGGAAGCAUCAAAAGAAGAUGAUAGUAGUUCAAAAAUGACUUGUGAUUUGAUUCAUGGCACCACCCCUCAUGCUUCUGUAAUAGUUGCAGCAAUGUUAAGAGGCAAUAAGUGUGCCAAUCGAGGUACAACCAGUGGCAGGCGUUAUAUUCAUCGCGAUAGAAAGGAGCGUCAUGAGAUGAUUAUUAAAGACUAUUUUAAUGGUGAUCAGUCAAAGUAUACAUCCGACCAUUUUCGCAGAAGAUUUCGAAUGGAUGUGGAACUAUUUACUCGCAUUUUGGUAGCAAUUGAAAAGAAUGAUAAUUACUUCUCCUUAAAAUUUGAUGCCACAGGAAAAGAAGGAUUAACUCCUUUACAAAAAACGGUAGCUGCAGUGCGAAUGCUUGCUUAUGGUUGUGCAGCUGAUCUUUUGGAUGAAUAUGUUCAAAUUGGGGAGAGCACUGCAAUUCAAAGCCUUAAGCAUUUCUGUGAUGCUGUGAUAAGUGUUUUUGAAGAAGAGUACUUGAGAAAGCCAAACAAAAAUGAUAUUGCGGUCCUUCUUCAAGAAGGAGAAGAACGAGGUUUUCCUGGCAUGUUAGGGAGUCUUGAUUGUAUGCAUUGGCAUUGGAAGAAUUGUCCAACCGCUUGGCAUGGUACUCAUACAAAUGGUUUUAAACGAGUCCCAACACUCAUAUUAGAGAUUGUAGCUUCAAAGAAUUUGUGGAUUUGGCACGCAUUCUUUGGUAUGGCUGGUACUAAUAAUGACAUAACAGUAUUAGACAGAUCUCCACUUUUUGAUGAUAUUAUAAAUGAUGUUACACCACCAUGUAACUAUGUAGUUCAAGGUCAUCAUUAUGAUAUGGGGUAUUAUUUGACUGAUGGAAUUUAUCCACAAUUUGCUACGUUAAUGCAAUCUAUCUCUCAGCCAUCUUCUCUUAAAGAGAAAAUAUUUUCUGAGCGCCAAGAAUCUACAAGGAAGGAUGUGGAGCGUGCUUUUGGAGUUUUGCAAAGUAGAUGGCAUAUUGUUAAAGGUCCUGCACGUAUGUGGAAGGAAAAAGAUUUGGAGAAGAUAAUGAAGACUUGUAUCAUCUUGCAUAAUAUGAUCAUUGAGAGUGAAUGUAGUCAAGGAAUGAAUCCUGAAAAUUGGCAACCUCUUGGAGAUGAAAGGGUUGAAAAUGUGGAGUUAGAGCGUGAUUAUAAUUUUAUUGUCUCUAGAAUGAUUGGAAGAUUGAAACAAGUUCAAGACAAGAGAGUUCAUAGAGAUUUGAAAACUGAUCUCAUCAAUCAUAUAUGGGAGCUAUAUGGUGGUCAACAAGCAAGCUAAUAUUAUGGGAGCUAUAAUUUUAUUUUUGUUUCCAUGUAUGAUAUUCUACUCUUAUUCAUUAAUCUAAGGAUUGUGUCUGUUUUUAUGGAAUUAUUAUUUAUGUUUUGGAUUGAUUAUAUUCAAUAUACGUUAGUUAUAUUCUUGGGAACAUAUUGUGUGCCAAGCAUUUGGGAUGCUUUUCAAUUUACACUGCUACUGUCACUUGAUUUCAUUUUUCUAGCAGCCAUUGCCCUUAGGUGAGUACUAAUUUUUUCUCUU